AUGGGCGACUGUUUUUACAUGGUGACUCCGUUGGGGGUCCGUCGGUUGCCUAUUGGGUGUGUUGCGGAAAUGGUCCUCCAUUUCGGGCUGCCUUGUAAGCAGGCUAGUCUUAAUGACGAGUUUGUCGCAGCGGUUAUGGAUGAUGGCACGCUUGGUCUCUUCCGUUAUAUCGAUGGGUCUUUCAAGGAGAUCCCCACUGAUCAUCUUGGCUGUUCUGACGGCCCAGGCGCCUCAGAUGCCACCCCUCCCCUCUGGGGUUUGGCCCAUGUGAGCGGUGGUAAGAUGACGAAUUACCUCACGCUUGUGGAGCAGGAGACCAGCGCUGUGAAAAU